CGCCGAGCUGGGAGCGCCGCCGGCCACGGCCGCGGGGACGAGGUCCGGCCCCGGACGGCUCCAGGGGCCUCGGCCGGCUCCCGGCUCCCAGCCCGUGGGGAUCCCCGUCUCCUCCGGACGCUCCGCAACGCUAAAAUGGAAGAAAACGGCGGCGGCGGCGGCGGCGGCGUGCCAGAUGACCUUUCAUUAGAAGAGAGAGAAGAACUUGUAAACAUUCGGCGCAGAAAAAAGGAACUUAUUGACGAUAUAGAGAGGCUAAAAUUUGAAAUAGCAGAAGUGAUGACGGAGAUCGAUAACCUAACAUGUGUAGAGGAGAGCAAAACUACCCAGAGGAAUAAGCAAAUAGCUAUGGGAAGGAAGAAAUUCAACAUGGAUCCUAAAAAGGGGAUUCAGUUUCUUAUAGAGAAUGACCUGCUGCAGAGUACCCCAGAAGACAUAGCCCAGUUCCUUUAUAAAGGGGAAGGACUAAAUAAAACAGUAAUCGGGGACUACCUUGGUGAAAGGGAUGAAUUUAAUAUUAAAGUUCUUCAAGCCUUUGUUGAACUCCAUGAGUUUGCCGACCUCAACCUUGUACAGGCCUUAAGGCAGUUUCUGUGGAGUUUCAGACUUCCAGGAGAGGCUCAAAAAAUUGACCGGAUGAUGGAAGCUUUUGCUUCACGCUAUUGCCUGUGUAACCCUGGAGUCUUCCAAUCUACAGAUACAUGCUAUGUGCUGUCUUUUGCAAUCAUUAUGCUAAACACCAGUCUCCACAACCACAAUGUGAGGGAUAAACCAACGGUGGAGCGAUUUAUAUCUAUGAACCGCGGCAUUAAUGAGGGCGGGGAUCUCCCUGAGGAGUUGUUGAGGAAUUUAUAUGAAAGUAUUAAAAAUGAGCCGUUUAAAAUUCCGGAGGACGACGGGAAUGACUUGACACACACAUUUUUUAAUCCGGAUAGAGAAGGCUGGCUACUGAAAUUAGGAGGAAGAGUGAAAACCUGGAAGCGCCGGUGGUUCAUCUUGACAGAUAAUUGCCUCUAUUACUUCGAAUACACAACAGACAAAGAGCCUAGGGGGAUUAUCCCUUUGGAAAACCUGAGCAUAAGAGAAGUGGAAGAUCCACGAAAACCUAACUGUUUUGAGCUCUACAACCCAAGCCAUAAGGGACAAGUCAUUAAAGCCUGUAAAACAGAGGCGGAUGGCCGAGUGGUAGAAGGUAACCAUGUUGUGUAUCGAAUCUCUGCCCCUACCCCCGAGGAGAAGGAAGAAUGGAUCAAGUCGAUUAAAGCGAGUAUCAGCAGAGAUCCUUUUUACGAUAUGUUAGCAACGAGGAAAAGACGAAUUGCCAAUAAGAAAUAGCUCUUCCCGGCUGGAUCAGGUUCUGCACUAGUCCCAUGACAUUUGACCAGGUAGAGAUAAAAACCAAACCGCCAUGGGCAAAAAGCAAUUGGAGAACAUGAUUCGCUAUUUCAUUGGAGAAUGGACAAACCAAACUCUUCACCGAAAAACCUUCCUGAGAGACCCUGCUUGGGAGAGUGAUAUUUUGCUUACAGCAUUGGAGCAAGCUUCCUGAGGGGUAGCUGCACUGGAAUUAUUUUAAUUUACUAAACUGAAGACAUGGAAGCCUUAUGUGUAUUUUGGAUUUUUCAAUCCAUCUAUGAGAGAUUAAAAAAAAAAACAGCAACUGAUCAGGCUAACAGCCAAUAGGAAAUAUCCCUUCCUGUUUGUUGAGCAUAUUGCCCAACACAGGAGAUGUCAGAAAAACCUUCUUUUAGUGAUUUUUACUUAACAAAAGUGCUUCAUAUUAAGCCUUCAAAACCGGUGUACAGUAUAAUUCAUAUUUUUUCUGAAUGUAAAAAUUGUUGUCAUUACCAGCUGUAAAACCCAUAAUCGUUAGCAGCAGGGGGCCAAACCCAUCAUUUCAUAAAAAAUGGAAAUCUACCACACUGUUUUAUUUAGAACUCUUUUCUUCAGAUAUUAUGGAAAUACUUUUGUAUGGCUUUUUGUACUCUGAAAUUGAGACAGACUUUUACUUUCUAACAAUAGUAUUUUUGGAACGGCAGCUAAAUCAGUAGCUCCUGGGCACAACAAUAUAGUGUGCUGUGAAAAUACCCAGCUUCCAAGGAUUUAGGAAAUGAGGGGUUGCAUUUCAGUGAUGGCCGAAGCUGAGGGAGGGUGGGGCGUUCCGGUGGACCGAGUUUGCUGCUCGCAUUCAGACUGAGUUGCCAAGCAGUAAAGAAAAAGCAGCAUUAUUCUUCUUCUAUCUGCCAUCUUAUGCGGAACAGCCUUCCCACUGUCCUGUAUUGAAAUGUUUGUCAGUUUCCAUAAGGGCUAGUUAUUAGAAUAGAUAAGGAAAACCGGCAUGCCCGGACUAGCAAUCAUUAGCUUAACUUCUUUAGUGAUCAGAGAGGGCAACUCUCUUGAUCAUUAAGAGAACUUGCCUUAGGCCUCUUCAUGGUUUUUUUUUUUUUUUAUUUUGUUUUGUUUCUCCUGUUAAAUACUAUAGAGAAAACCACUUAGCCAAAGAAUAUACAAUGUGGGGGUUGAGCCUCUACCACUGAUUCUCAGAUGUAGAUUUGGGAGAAUAAGGAGUUGAGCUUAAAUCUCCCAACACAAAUGUGUCCUAUAUGGAUCUGACUGUUGAGGGUCCCACUCACUCCUCCACGUAUGUACACUGUCUAAUUUCUUGGACAGUACGUCUUACUUAUAUUCUACGUAUUUUGAACAAGUUGGCCAUGUGUGUCCUAGAGGCAGAAAAGUGAACAAAUCAUAGCUCUCCAAUUCACCACAUUUUAUUGUUAAAGAGUUUCGUGAUUCUAUUUUAUAGCUAAAAAAAGUGUGGGAGAACUAUUUCAUUUCAAAAUAUUACCCCACCGAACUGACCUGCUCUGCUGAUUUUCAUAUACAAUUUAAAUCCCAAACUCACUCACCAGCCUUGGUAAAAGUUCUUGAGGUCCAUGGCAUUGAGAAUUGUGAAUUUUCAGCUCUCACCAGAACUAAACGUUUUAAGGGGCAGUUAACUUCAUGAGUUUAGAGUAGGGGUGCAGAUAUUUUUCUGAAGGUGUAUUUCCAAGCCAACAGAAGAACCACCACCCCUAAGUCCUGUAAAGUGCAGUUAGAGGACAUUGGCACAGUGGCUCCUGAGGAAUGGGCAUGAUGAUUAAUGGUGCUUUUCUAUGCCAGAUGUAUUUAUUUUCCUGUCUGUUCACACUGUAGAUUUCAUUUAUGAAGCUAACACUGCUGAAAGUGUUCUUUCUUACAUGAAGGGAAGUCGGAAACCAGGGACCUUCUCCCCCUAAACUUGCCCUGAGUGCAAAGGCACUGCCAAAGGGAGUGGCCACAGAUGUUUUAUUUAGUACCUGCUGUAGAGAGAGAAUCAGUGGGGGAAAAAAAAAAAUCUCAAUUCUAUUCUUUCCUACUUUGAAGUUCAACCUUACGUGUGAGAAAUAAUGUUUGAGCUCUGUGUUUUGAUAACGAUGAGAAUCUCAGUGGCUCUGUGGAAAGAAUGGAGCCUUCAUUUGGUGGUGUGAAUAGGGAAUGAUGCAGUUCAUCUACUAAGCCCUAUUUUAGAUGCUUUGCAAAAGGUGUCUCAAGUCACAACUCUUCCUCCCUUAUCCAUCUGUUUAAAGUCAAGUUAAAUGUGAAAUGUGUUCCCAGGCCUUAUCAACUGUACUAAGACCCCAGAUUUAAAAUUCUGAAUUUUGAGACAGUCGUGCCCAGCUUAGCCAGUAUCUGAUUAAUUCCCGUACACCUUUUGCAUGCUGUAAGGCUUUUGGGACCUGCCAGAUCAAGUCAUCGCUGGUUAGGGUUUAUAGCAGUAACACUAAGCAACUCAGGCUGAGAAUGAAUAUUCCCAGUUCCAAAUGGGUUCCCGGUUGCAGUCAGUUUAAUGGUGCACACUCCCGAGAACUGGAAGCGCUCAAUCUUCCAUGUUUUCUCUUUAUUCCCUUCCAUCAAGUGAGCGGGGUCACAAACUGUUCAUUUGAACACGAUACCUUGGUCGGACUGCACUGAAACCUUCUCUUUAAACUGAUACUUUGGGAAGGGAAGCAUGAAGGAAAUGCCUUACUAGAUAUGCGUAUUUAUUCAUUUGCCAUAUUCAUGUGGUGAAAGAACUUGAUUUAACCAGAUGUUUAUGUGGGACAAGUGCAGCUUCUGUGACCAAAAUGAUGUAGUAAAAGGAGGAAGCGGUUUAUUUCUCUGUAUUUAAAAAAUCAAAGUUUUUUUUUUCCUUUUUGCUCUUUUCACCUUUGGCGGAGGGCAGUAAGAUUUGGGUGGCCUUAAGGCAAUGUCCCCAGCUGCGUGACAGAGCAGUUUUUUUGAGGUGUGAAAUGGUUGAUUUGCAGACUUCAAAGCAGUAUUAAGGGAUGGAAAUUAGGCCAACCUUUCCAUCAGUUACCAAUCAGGCCCAAAGGGCAAGCCCCUUGGUGGCCUGCAGGGAGAAAGUGACUGAUUGAAAUGGGGGCCAUAUCAGGUACGGUGUACAAGGGAGUUGGAAAUAAGCUCCCUCCUAGCACUUUGAGUUCUUCUCUUGAGGGACUAUUUUAGAGCCUCCAUUAGGAAAAGUCACCCCCCCCCCCCAAAAUGCCAUGACUUUGUCUUGCCUGAAUAGAUUGAUUCAUGUGUUUUAAUUCCUCCUGAUUGGUGUUGUGAAAAAUCUUCUCCCUCUUCUCCCCUCCCUCGGGCCCAAAAAAACCCAAAAACCCCACUUGCAUCGUAUACAAUCAUUCUACUUCUAGUCGAAGACUGCAUACUCUUCAGAGUUGAAGGCUUUUAGUCUGAUGGGGAAUGAGGAGGUCGAUGGUCAGCUUCAAUGGAUAUUUUCUCUAGUAAGGAGAAAGUGUGCUGUUCCCCAUCAUCUCUCCCCACUGUUGGCCUCAGUUAUCACUGCACUCAAGCCCUGAGUAUCAUCUAGAAGGCAUUUCUCCAAUUCAGAUGCUCAAUAUCCUGGCUUUCCAGUCAAGUAAGAUCUUCUAUGGUAUCAUUUAGCAAAAUUUAGAGCAGUUCGAUGUGUGUGGUUAAAAACUGGGUCAAAACAGAAGAAGUAUUUAUAGAUGGAGCAGCAUUUAAUGCUUCAUAUAAAGCAAAGCAUAUUUAAAGUUAUAAAUUCAUGUAUCUAAAUAGAUAUGCUUGCUGAGAAGUAAGGUCUGUUGUAGACCAGAAGCUAGUUAUGACUUGUGAUUUACCAUUUUCUUAUAUUUUCUUGGAAAAUAUUUGUAUUUACAGCUAAAUAUAAAGUGUAUAUGUAAAUAGGUAAUGUACAGCUAUAUAUUUCUGGAGUGUUUGUUACUCAUUGUACACCCAUGUCUUGCAUGAAGAAACAUUCUGUAGGUAUUCAGACUAUUUUGUUGUAAAACAUCUACAGUUAAUAAUAUGUUUGUACACCUGUAAAAAUCCUAUUGCAAAUACUGUGUUCAUUUACUAUAAUAAAAGCUAAAAGUAUGGUUAAA